AUGGAGGCCAUGGGGGACGUUCCUAUCUGCAGGGUCUGCGGGGAGAACGCGGUGAAGCAUAUGCCUGGAGUCAAAUUUGAUGACCUCGUGGCUGAGAAGGACAAGGGCGAGGUGGACGCAGAGAGCUUGGUGACCAACCUGCACGCCGAGGACGCCGACAAGCAGGAGAUGCCUACCGUCUCCGUCGGCGACGCCAUGCGGGUUGACCAGGAGAUGUACAUGAAGUACUCGGGCUUGACCUUCGCGGAGGUGGUCAAGGAGUUCGGUCAGACUCCCAAGAUGCUGGACAUCAAGCUCGCCGUCUUCUUCACUGCCACGGGUAGGGAGGUGGUCUACCCUUGCGAGCGCGACGAGAAAUUCAAGAGAAAGUACCCCACCGUGAAGAUCGGCUGCUCCAACAACAUCGUGGUGCAGCAGGGGCCCUCUGGGAGCGACCGUAGGGCCAUCUUCCCCACCCAGGGCCCGAUGAUGCUCGCUGCUGCUGGCAGUGCGACGGUGGGCGCUGGAAAAGAUCUGCAGGCGCCAUCCGUGCAAAGUGUGCGUCUCACCGUCAGGAGCAACGAGGUCCUGCAAGAGGAGGCUGAAAAGCUGAAGGAGGCGAAGGGGAAGAAGGCGAAAAGGGGGCUGAAGUCUGGGGGCACGGCCGAGCUGCUGGCCGUGGACGGCGAAGACUCCGACGAGGACCAGGAGGCUUUGUCGGCCUUGGAGGCUGCCCGCGGAAGCGACGGGACGCCUGCCAAGUGGCCUCGCGCGUCGCCAUCGCCGACUGCGUCGAGGGCAGGUUCGAGGGCAAGCUGUGCGCGAUCGGUGGCGCCGAACCCCCGCAAGUGCGGCACCGCCGCCUACUGGAUGCACGAGCUUGACAUUGACAAGGCCCUGGAUGGAUCGAAGCUUGGACAGCCCUUGAAUCAGGCAUCGCUCCUCAUGCCCAAGCUCGACGUGACCGAGCGCGGCCUGCUGACGAAGAGGAUGGACCUCGUGAGAGACGCCGUGACGAUGAACUGCGACAACUGCCACAACUUGAAGGAUGCGGAGCUCAUCGGAAAGGCAAACGAGCUGGCGAAGUCAGGGGCGAAGCCGACUUUGAAGUUGUGGGUUGCUCUCGCAAAGCGGUACACGAACAACACGUUCGAGAAGGUCGAGAAGAUGACCGAGAAGUCUGAGAUCAAGGCUGAGCUCAAGGACUACCUGCAACACAUCUGCAUGUGGAACGGCUCUUCGAAGAGGGUGCUGGACGACGGCUGCACCACUAAGCCGCCGUUGCGUCUCACAGGCUUGGUCGACCAGCAGCUGGCCCAGGUGUUUCGCGACUGCGCCAUGAAGUCGAUGCUGUUGAAGAUGGUGUGCGAUGGCGAGAAGUCCGCACUCCGCGUUUCAGCGUUCAUCGAGGCGGCUACUGCGGUGUGGGAGGACCUACCCGAGGAUGCUGGCCUCGGAGACCGCUGCGCACUGGAGUUCACCAACUGCAGUACGAUCUUCACCUUGUUGGCGUUGCUCCAGUCGGAUUCGACGUUCGACGUCAUCGUCGCGGACAGCGAUGCCAUCGAGCUGUUGCAGACUUUGCACGUCAAGGCUUCGGAGCUGCAUCUCGACCAGUGCUCCGUCGCGCUGACGGCGGCGGCCGUGACCACAUGCAAGUAUUGGAACGAUAGGAUCGAGGCCAAGUCCAAGUUGGCAGAUCGGAUGGGCAAGUUCGCGAACGAAAUGAAGAUCCACUACCUGGCCGUUCGCAAGACGGAUCCUGAUGGCACUUCGUCUGCAGCGGUGACAUUGUCAGGUGCGGCCCGUCAACUCGGCGUCUGGGAGGCGACCUUGGGGGCAGGGAGCGUUGACGACCUCAAGGCCGAGGUCGUCAGUCAGUCCCAGCAGACCGCGACGGCGCUGAUGGCCAUGAUCCGCGGCGGGGCUGCCGUGCCAGACAUGGCCGACCGCCUGGCGGCGCACAAGACACUCUUCAAGGAAUUGGACGAGCUGGACCCGAUGAACGAUUUGCUGACCCGCCUCAGCUCUGAUAUGAACAGGGCGCAGUCCCAGAUGGACAUGUCGGCGAAGCACGCCAUCCUCGACAAGUGCAUUGCUGAAUGGGACUUCUCUGAGGCGGCGGCGACGUCCUUGAAGGAUGCGGUCGCGGCUUGCGACGGCAGGAGGUUGCCCGAGACAACGGCGGCGGCGGCUUGUGAUCGGUGCUUGGGGAUCGUGGAGCGCUUUAACAAGUCGAUGGAGACAGAAUCAGCCUCGGAGUUUGAGUUGUUAGGUGUGCACGUGGCAGGUGCAUUCGAGACCCUUGCGAAGCUCACUGCACCUGAGCAUGAAGAGAAACUUACCAAGGUUGCUCCUCUUCUCCAGUACGCUACCGCGACGCUGAAGCAGAUCAACAUCUUGCGUUCCGCCCAGCCAGCAGAUGGGAACCCCGAGGACACCGACAAGACGCAGCACAUCGAGUCGGGCAUGGACGCAGCGGUGCGCAUGAGGACGCGCUGCAGCUCAGCGUACGCGGCCUGCAAUGCCUUCAUCAACGAGUUUCCCAUCAUCAAGGUUAAGGUGCCGCUCCUGUUGGAGUUUUCGGCUGGGGUCAUCGCCCAGAGCGGCGUCCAGGCCCGCGACGUCAUCAAGACGAAGAUUACCGAUGCGAUUUCGUCUCUUGGGGAAGCCAUUGAUAAGAUGAUGCCGCUCAAGCAGUGGGAGGAGAAGACGGUCGGCCUCAAGACCAUCGAUGAACUCGUGGACCUCUACGAGAGGACGCUGAAGGAUGUCGACACCCAGGGGCUCGAGGAGAAGGCUGAUGCCAUCGGUGACCUGCUCGAGCAGUUCAAGAGCACGACGGCCAAGUACAGCUUGGACACGGACACCGAGGUCGUCGAGAGCACCGGCGAUGCGAUGAUCAAGACCCGCGCGAUUCGCGCCACGGAUGCGGUCAUGAGCUUCCUCAGCACCCCGAGCGUCAUGAAGGACAAGGUGGCCAUGCAGCGGAAGGCCAUGGCCAUCGCGGAGAAGCUCAAGCGGUGGAAGAUGGAUCCGAAAGAGAUGAACGACGUGAUUGUGGCUCGCUACAAGCUGGCCCUGAAGUACAAGUGA